CACGGUCUCUACUUUUAUUCGAAGUUGAACCUCAGCGGAGUGAUGAGCCGAUGAAAGCGAGCGAGCCGAGCGACCGUAUUGAAUAAGUAGUGAGCGAGAAACUGUGUUUUGCAAGAGGUAGAGAGCAAUCGUUGCUGGGCCAAGUGUGUGAACAACCAAUUAAGCCAGCCAUCUUGGAAAAAAUUGAAAUUUAGUUUUUCAUCGAGCAAAUUUGCUAAAUUCUGCAUGAAUUUGUGAUUGAUUGUCGCCUGGGAGAAGAAAUCUGUGUGAUUUGCAAAUAAGUUAGGCUGAAAUCUGUGCCGUAGUUCGAUUUUCGUUCCCUGCAUUCAUUCACUGCUCUGUGUUGAGGCCGAGAGUCAAGUUUUGCAACAAGGAAAAAAGCGACGAAGAAAAGUGUUAAACCUGCAAGUAAAAAGUGCAAUUUCCGCAAAAUUGGACCAUCUGCUACGGUUGAAGAGCUGCGAAAAUUUUCAAUUAUUUCCCUCUACUGAGUGUGAAACGUUGCGAAGCUUGAGUUUGCAGUAAGUGCGAGAAAAAGUGUGUACGAGAAAACCAAGAGGCAGUACGUGUGGCAAACGUAUAAAUCGAGUGUGGUAAUCGCUGCUGAGUGACACUAUUUUGCAUACGAUCUUGUUCAGAGUUUCAUGUUGGAUUGCUUCGAGGCUGCUUUAAACACGGUGGAUCACAGCCCAGUACAGUUGAACGGAACGCUGAGAAAAUGAGAAUAGAAGUCAAUUCAGCUGCAGAUUUUUUGAUGAAUUUGCUGCGGGUGAAAAAAGCAAGUCAACUAAGCGAGAGCCAGCUGCUGCAUUUCAAGGGUUCGCUAGAGCAAAUAUUGACGCGUCAUUUCCAACGCCACUGGUAUCCAGAUGUUCCUGCCAAAGGCUCUGGCUUCCGUUGCCUGCGAAUCAACGGUAAGAUGGAUCCAAUUAUCGAGAGGGCCGGCCAUGCAGCGGGGUUGAAUUCCGUGGCCCUCCGGAAGAUGCUGCCCCUCGAGCUGACGAUCUGGAUCGAUCCGGAUGAGGUUUCCUACCGUAUUGGCGAAAACGGUACCAUCUGCGUGCUGUACGAUCAGCACUUGAGUCGUGCCAGUCCCUCGUCGGAUCUCGAUUCGACGGGUAGCAGUAGCUGUGAUGAAUUUAUUAUGGAGCGGGUGGGUCGGCUGGACCUUUCGACGUCAUCUGACAGUGGUACGAGCGUUCUGGUGGACUUCCUGGACACCAACCCAUCGAAUCCGCUUGUAACGCCAAGCAAGCAGCACAACAAGUACAACAACAACAAUCAUCAUAUUAAUCAUUACACGAAGCGUCAUAAUAAUAGCGUGAGCUCAUCGUCUAGUGGACAGACUAGUCCACCCCUUAGUCCCCCGUACAACGGCUACAACAAUAGCAACAACUUCAACAAUAGAUAUCAACACAACAACCAACACAACUACUACUCGUCAUCCGUUCAUCAGCAACAAUACUUCCCUUGGGACAACCAGUUCGUUAACAACAAAGUGCGCACUCAAUGCUAAAUUCAUCAACGUCGUACCAGCUGGCUUUACUCUCCUUUACUAUAAGAAAACACCUUUGAAAAUCCGUUAGGUUAACCAACCGCACAUUCAUAUCAAGAAAAGAAAAAUUGUUUGAGAUUUCGUUGACGAUGCAAUGGAGAGGAGAGUGUAUUUUUGUGAUCAUCGGAGGCAGCUGCCUUCGAAACUAACAACUGGCCAGACUACAUCACUAUCGGCCAAAAGCGCGGAGCUAGUUGGAGGACAACUUCAGAUCACGGUAACAACAACAACCGGUCAUCAUUUGGCACACUUUAUUUCACGGCUUAGGUUCAGAACAGCAUUUUGAGAUCAACAUCUAGAGCUAACUUUACUUUUUCGUAUAAUCGUGCAAAAGUGUUGCUGAGUCGUUUAUUUUUUACAAAAGUACGAAAAACCGAAAACAAAAAAAAAAUGAAAGAAAAACGAAAACCCGGAAAUAUAUAAUCAUGAAAAUGGCAAAACGAAUAAUUGGAAAACUGAAACAGGAAUCUACAUAUAUAAUUAUCGCAGAAAUAUAGCUUUGAAGCGCUGUGCAAGUGGUUAAGGAUGGAAGAGCCAAUUUUCGCCUUCUCGUCAAUCCUCAGGGUUCAGCCCUUUUGAGGCUGACGAGGUUGUGACAAAUUGACUCGCGUAGCAUGAGAAAGCUUCAAAGCAUGCAAAAUUUUCUCCAUUUAUAAUAGCAUCAAUCGAAGGUAGAAGAGCUUCUUCUGAAGAAAAAAAAUCAUGUUUCGUGCUCUACAUAGCUAGAAAAGUAGUCGAAUGACGAAGAUUUUGAGUGUAGGACGCUUACGGACUAAAUGUAAUUGUUGGUAGACGAGAGGCUAAAUCAUGAGUUAAGAAACAGGCAUCUAUUGCUGAAGCUACAGCACAAAAUGGUCGCGGUUUGCGAAGAGCUGAUCGGCGUAAAAAAAACUCGAACGGGAGAAAAACUGUUCUUGCGGUGUUGAAUGCGGGUGGAAAGGUAGUACGCGAUAGGAUUUUAGCCCAUUUGAGCAUCCACCGAAGAGGGUGUACGCUGCUUUGCAAACCAACAGUUUCUUUGCUUCAAUUUUUGAGCAACAAUGCUACUGCAGACCGGUUAUUUUCCUUUUUUUCUGUUAUGCAACGGAAAUUGGAAUCGUUUAUUUCCUUUCACUGCGGGGACGCCGUCUUUGUGUGUCCCUGGCGAAACAUUCAGUGCAACCGGGAUCACCUGUUGUACUUUGUUGUUUUUUUUUCUUUCGUAGUCAUCAAUAAGAACCAUUCUGAUGAACGAAAUGCAGGAAAAGUUGAAGCAAAGAAAAACAAGACAAAGGAUAAAACGAGCCUGCACACCUUUCGUCAAAAGUGUAGUGAGCAGAAGACAGAGGAGUAUAAAAAAAGGUCAAUCAUUGAAGGAACGAAAGCAGAGAAGCGAAACGGGGGAUCGAAAGCCAUAAAUUUUAAUUUUUGAAAUGUGUUUCGAAGCGCAUCUCGUUCAGGUCGGAGGACAGAGCAGAGCAGAGUGCCGUCCUCCCGUCUCUGGUGGUAUCGGACGUGAUCACAGAUAUCGAAAACUGCUGCUGUCUACUCUCUAGACGAUGAAGAAACCAAAUUAGUAUUUUCAUCGUCGUAACAAAAGCUGCGCUGGAAGUUUUGCCUGCUGCUAUCGAUGGCAGUGUUGUACGCUUAUCCGUUUAUUAAUGGCUGUAAGUUGUGUGCGUGAACUCACGGUGCACGUAGGAUUUACGUGACCAAAAUAAAGACCAAAACGAACGUUAUUGUUUGUGUUCUCUUCCUCUUUGUCAUCUUCGCUUCCCCCUUAGCUUUGUUUUCCUUGACUAUAAAUACUGUCAAAUUCGAGCUCUAGUACUACUUAAGACGUUCUGUUUUUUAUUGUUUUCAUUAAAAUUAUUUCAAUUGUAUGACCGAAUCGUAAAACACCCACCAUUGAAUCCAGUAAUAUAUCGUUUGCUUCGUUCGUACAUCCAACGUUCCGUGAGUAACUACUACCAUCGCGUUGCAUAGCGAGACCAGCCAGACGCGUUGUAUAAGUGUACAAAGCGGCAACAGGGUAGACAAUUUGUGAGCGCUACCUCGUUCGGAUCAAAAAUGGUUACCAAAGACACUCACACACACGCAUCGUUUGCAAAUGGCCACCACGGUUUGUAAGUUCGCCAGUGUACGUACUAGUAGCGGCCUGGUGUAAAGUGAAACGGCGGGAGGCAGGUGAGAGAUAGGAAGUGUCUGCCGCUGGUAAUUCGCAACCUCCUAUGAGUCAUCUGUUCGAUCGAAGGCGCUACAACAGCAGCGUAUACAAUCGAUGGAGUAGCUUUGUCAAUACGAGAGUGUGGGCUGAUUUUAAAAUAUUUCCGGAUGGCUUCUCGGACGCUUCUCUGCUGGUUGAGGAAAUUAGGAGAAUUAACUAGUUAUAAUAAUUAUAGUAACAACAGUAACCGUAAACAACACAAAGACCCACCGUCCAACAAUAUAAUCCUAUUUUGGAUGAUAACCAAGUGUGAUGUUGCGCGCGAUGACUUGUGGAACGCAACCUAACGAGGAAGAAAAUCUUAUACAUCAUAUGUAUAUUCCAUAGUUUUUUUUUAUUCGUUAAUAAUCUCCAUUUUCAACAAUGGCUUAGGUUUUGCUUCCAGUGUCUUUUUUUCCUAAAUUAAAACAAAAGCUUUUGCACUUUUUUGGAACUUGUGUCCAGCAGGUGUUGUUGUGGAGACGUGGUGACAGUAUGAAAGAGAAUGAAAGGGGGUUUCAUGGCGAUUCAGUUAGUUGUUGGCAGCAUCUUUUCAGAAUUAUGUAUACUUUGUUAGCUUGGUGACAUCGGUGAUUCUAGCAAAUCUCAAAACAAAAAUUUAGACGUCUUCUGGACAAUGACCAAAGAUUUUUUCAAUUUUUUGAUUUGAAAAUUUUCUGCUCAAAAACUAUAAGUUCUGUACGAUUUUGAUCAAAGAAAAAUUUCACAUUUAUUGUUUGUUUGUUAAAAUUGCUUAAAUUUUCAUUUACAAAAAUCAUUAAUUAAAAUUUAAGUGUGUCAUUCUGUAAUCCUAAAUUUUGGUGAUCCAUACAAAAACCUAGUGCAAAUGAGUACAUUUAAGUUUUUCUCGUUUCCGACAUCUCUUAGGUUGAAAAACAAUAAUAUCCACAAAACUUUGGCGAAGAAUGAAAGAUUUUUUUUUGGGUUUUUUAUUUGCAUACUUAGUUGCUUGAAAUACCAAUGUAACGAACUCUAAAAUUUCUACAGAAAUCAGAAGAGGUGUUGCCAACUCCUGAGACGAACGCAAAACCCCUCCAAGGGUAGAAUGAACUAGGGAUGCGGAAUGGUACAUAGAUUACUAUUGUCAUAUUUUAAAAGCUUUACACGGUAGAUAAAACGAAAAGUGCAUGUGUAACAAGACAAACAUCCAAUCAACGAUCUCUCUUUGACGCUAGGAAAGUGAGCAGCAAAACACAACAAGGAAGAAGUAAUUGUACGGUUGCCAUGGGUGUGCUAGAUCGAGACUCAAAAUGAUUUAUGCGAGCGUUAUGUUUUCAUCACUUGGCUUCCGUUACUGUCAGCGGUUGUGGAUUAUAACGAUACUAACUGGCAAGUGCGAAUAUAUUCUGGUUGAGGAGGCGAUUCUGCAGUGCAACCCUCCAAUUACCAAUGCAAGCGAUGUCGGUAGAAAGUUUUGUAAUCUUUUAACCCGUUUAGCGCGUAACGAAGAAACUAGUGGCGUCGUGUCCAUACCUUUCAGGGCAAUGGAAAUAUGUCAGAACCAGUUUAUGGUUCGAGCUAAUUUUUUUUGUUUGCUACGGCAACAGCACAGCGCGCUUGCAAGCGGCCAAUCUUUUGCAGACGUCGUCGUUGUCGUCGUCGUCGUCGUUUGCAGUGGCUUUAAUUGAUGAGGAAAUGUUAGGAAAUCGUGCACGAGUUUUCUAUCGCUCGCAUGAAACCGGGUGGUAAAGUGAGGAGAGCACCAACACGACCAACUGCGUCGAAUUAUUGAUUUCUUUCCUGUGGUAACAGCAGCAGCACGGUUCGGCCUGGUACACACGUCGCCAUAUUUGGACUUGGGAGGACGGAAACGGUGCCAGAUGAACGAUUUGAGAUAAAGGUGAAAUCAAUGCGGCGGUGUUUUUUUUUCUCUUUGCCAUGGCAACUAGUUUCAGCUGCAGGGAGAAACUCGAAGCGCGACCUAACUUUUAAACUUUUCCUCAGCUAUUCAUGGUGGCUGUUGGACGAUUUACAAUUUUUACGUCAAUCUCUAGUUUUGUUUCCUUUUUUUCGCUUAUUUUGUGAAUUAUAAAAAUGGCUGACCACGCGUUUCCAGCAGCUGCCAUUACAAUUCAUCCAUUGACGCAGUGCAAUUACGCAUACUGGAUUGCGUUGCGCAGAAACUGGCUGGCAUAUGUGUGCAAGUGUAAAUGAGUAUUUACUAAACUCAACUGAUAAUCAGCGAAAUUUAAUAUAAUAAAUGAGAAAACGUCACUCUGGCGCUAGUAUAAAAGUUAAUGCGCCAUUCACGAGUAUCGUAUGUUGAGUAUACUUGUGUAAUUUGUGUCCGUCUAGAGUAGAUUGGCAUACAAACGUAUUGACGUCAAUGUAGUGUGUUUUUUGUUAUGUCUGUUCUCAGGCUCUCGGGCAACCCUGACAAAAGUACUACUGUGUUUCCAAGCGGUAGUGGCAGUGUGCUGUUAACAGUGAUGCCAUGCAAGAGUUUAGAUUCUACAGUUAUAACUCAGCUCAGUUCACAUAAACAUGACGGACAUGUCUCAUCAUGCGUUUCAGCGCACAUUUUGUUGAAAUUUUUUAUCAUAAUUCAUGAAAUCGAUCAGAAAACUCGUCAACGUAGACCACAGGAGUACAGGAAAAAUUCAAUCAAUGAAUUGACGUGGUACUGUGUUAUCAGUUUGUAUAACCAGUCCUCCUUUUUUGAUAAGCUAUGAACGCAACGUGGGCUCGCCGAAUAAGUACGCGUAAAAGUUGCGUAAAUCUUCAACCUUGUUGUGUUAUAGCUGUACCCAACGAACCUGCUUCAAAACAAAAUAUAAAAAAUUGUAUCAUAUUUUGAGUCUGUGAUUUUUUUUGCUAUAUCUUUUGUUAUUUUUGUAAAAUAAACAAUGCUGAAUGUAGGUUUAUUUUUGUAAAUAGAAAACUUUUUUCCUCUGGAACUGAGAAAAGAUAGGCUACUUAGAAUGUGUGUUUUAAAUUUGAUUUAUUGUUUUUAAUUAAAUCAACUGAUUUAACCUCUUGAUUUACCCUCCUAUCUUUUCUUGGCAAAUUGUAUAUUCAAUACUCUUAUGUCAUUGACUGUGUACUGUUUGAUCAUCCUCGCGUGUGUGUAUGAAAAAGAAUUGGGAAAGACAUGAUUCAAUUAAGUGCAAAUAGCCUGAUGAUGAAUAGCGUGACAAAAGUUUCGUUUGAGCAUCUAACUGUAGCUUUAAGUUUUUAUAGGUUUAUAUUAGGUAUGUAAAUGUUUUGCAAAACAAAAACAAAAAAAAAAUACUGAGAACAGUGGAAAGACAAAGUGGUACAUAAACAUAACUAACAAGCCCCAAAUCAAACACCGGAUAAAAUAUAAUACAUUUCGUUAAUUUUAACGACUGCCAUUUUAUGCAUAGUGAAAACUAUUUAGCUCGUCUUACCCCAAAGAAAUGGGGGUUAACGUCAGAGUUAUAGAAACAAAAGAUAAACUGCGAUAAAACGAAUUUUAUGUGUUUGUACAUAUUAUAACAUUUUUACGAUUGUACCCAAUGCACGGAGAAAUGUUUAAAAAUGUGUAUUUUCACCGUUCGUGGAACAAAAUUAUUCUGACAUCAAUCUUACAUCUGGCAUCCACUUUUGUUGCAUUGCCCAGAUGUAUAGCCCUUAGUUGGCCCAUCUAUCGGAAAAUUUUCUAAGCAAAACCAACAGAAACCUUCAGCGUGGUGUGAUCGAACCAUUCCCGUCUACUACUCUCCCUGUUCUGACUGGGUGGUAGAAUGGAACGAACGAUCGCCCCUGUUCUGCUGGCGAACGCGCUAUUUGUUAUAUUUUUUCUAUUUCAAUCGACCAAUAAUAAGUCAACAUUCAUCUGUGAUUAUUAUACCGUGAUGCACGUUCCAGUGAAGGCCUUUCUACAAAAACUUGGAAACCAAUAACGAAGUCUAGGAUACCAAAAUUUGUAUACUUUCAAAACUUUUAAUCAAACUUCUGCGUUUAGAAAUGACUGUUCGCUACUUCUGCGCCAGUUUCGCCCAAACGCUAACGCUGAACGCGAUUUAGAAAGUGGUAUAGGAGUGAUCGUGGCAACGUUGCAGCUCCGUCAGAGCGAAACUACGUUGAUUCUCACAUGCCACCGAGAGUGCGAUCGCUUGAAGGCGAAAGUGGCAAAGUUUUGACACAUCUUCCAUUUGUUGCUACGCUCGUCGCACUUGUUCGGCACUUUUCGCAACGUUUCUUCAACAAGCGAUGGAAUUUCGGUUUCUUUCGUUCACCUUUUAUAAUGCCACUCUUUUUUCGGAGUGUUUUUAGGUUUUCGCAGAAAUGGUACCAUUUUUUCGCAAAUGGCUGGAGUGCUUUUAAUUGUUUGAUUGUUUGAUAGAAAUUUUCUACUGCUACAUGAGAGAUAGCAAAAACGAGUUUAGCUGUGAUUUUUUCAAGGUAAAUUGUGUUAAGGUGACAAACAUCCUGCAUCAUUGAAAGAGCUAGAUUUUCUGUAGUUAUAUACGUUAGGGAAUCAUUAUUUCUCUCAACAUGGACUGAAUGUAGCGAACCGAGGGGUGCAACAUAGUAGGUAAUAGGGAUAUAGGUUUGAGAAACUAUUUAGAAGAGGUUUACGAGCGAUAAAGCACAUGGUGUGACUAUUUUCCGGUACCUGGGCUAUUUACGUGUGAACGUGGUUUAGCUGCUGAAUCUCUGCCGCCUGUGAUCCGCAUGCAGAGUAAAACAGAAUAAAAUAUUAAACUCGUGAUAUAUGGAAGUCAUACUUAUUAGUUUAAGAUCUUUUUGUGAUCCAUACAAGCAGAAUGAGACGUUCAAGGUUUAGUAGGUAUACAACUGCUGUAGCUGUUUUGUAUUGAGUCAUUCAUGUUAAUUUAACAGCAUCAACCAUCACCACCACCACCACCAACCAUUAUAAGUAUAACGUGUGUUGCAAAGGAGAACAGCAGAAGCAUCCCUGAAAAGUCUGAAAAUGUUUGAUUUUUAUGCUCUUUUCAGUUGAGCUAGGAAGUAUACAUCAGACAGACGAGCAGAUAAAAUUUGUUGUGAUUAAUAAAAUAAUUGAUUAGUUGACAAUUCAUGACCCAACAACGCUAUUAUGAAUAUACUUGAAUGUGAUAAUAUAUUUUUGUUUUUGAUUAGAGCAAAUAUUCGACUAUAAGCGGAAAUACUACUUGUGCUAAACUAUAGAAUCAGUGAAUCUGUUAACUUUAUACUACUUUAGAAAUCAAUUUAAAAUGUCAAAUUUUUAUUCAAAUAAAAACAAACGUCAACCAAACCCAUCGAAAAUUAGUUAAAAUGACCGUCAAAUUAAGAAGUAACACAGUGCAUCAAGAAACAUAAAAUAUCGAAGCUUUAAUUCACGUUUGGGAAAAUUAUUUGAAGUAGAAAAAAAUAUUACUAUCACAUUCAUUGAUAUUUGGUCGGUCUUAAUUUUUGGGUCGACGAGAAACCAAAGCAAAAAAAAAGUAAAAAGAAUCGCAUUUGCAGCAUGAAUAUUCCUGUUCGUACUUUACUUUUGGAAACAAAUCGAAGGUGAAUUUAAACAGUAUUCGAGCCAAAUUUACUCGUUUCAAAACCAUGUUCUUCUUUAAUACUAACGUGUUCCUAUUUCGUCAGUCCUUUCUGCUGUACUCUCGCUGGCAGCUAAUCCUAUUUUUCCUGGAUUGCGGUAUUGCGAAGGCCGAAUCCCCUCUUGCAUUGUAGUGCAUCUGAAUGUUUUCCAGCAGCAGUGUAGUUUUAGACACACACACACAGUUAUGUACGUCUCUUGUCACCGCUACGACAACCAACUUUUGUUAGUUUUUUGCUAUCCAUGCGUAUGUGCUAGUCAAGCUAGGAUUAUAUUGAAACUGAAGUUGCGCGUUUAUAGUUCCUAAAAUGCCUUUGCAAUGCUGAGUCGAAGCCAGCACUCUCCUUUCCCUCUUUAUUCCACCUAAUUAUUUCGAUUUGUAUCCAAAGAUAGAGUAAAACUGGGGAAAUGUUCAUGCUGCGAUCACAUUUAUCACCGUGGCCAACCGUUUGCGUUUCUGAUUGAACGAUUCAAGCAAACAUCUAUUCACAACCCAAAACCACCCCGGGAUUGAGUUGAGCGUUGAGUAGAGAUAGAUUGCGCGAAGGAACGUCUGAAAAUAUUGUUUUAAAUAUUUUUCGUUUUCGGAAAUAUUCCCGAACAUGCUAAUUGUAAAAACAGCCGCAAAGCGAAGCUUUUAUAAUAUUUAUAGACCAAGUAAAAUUAUAAAACAAAGAAACGUUGAAUUACCUUCCAUAAAAACGUAAAAGAGUAAAAUCUUAGCGAACAAAAUCAAAAACUAUUUGAGAAACCGAUUGACCACCUAGAUUGUGUAUAUUGAAAGGGAUGAAAGUGCAGCAAAACAUAAGACUAAGAAAACGUACAAAUUACCUAGUAACUCGUUUUUAUAUAGAACAACAUAUAUAAGCCAAGAGGUACUGACUACAAAGCGAGCAAAACAAUAUGGAUAAAUAUUAUGAAAGUUUAAGCAAAACAACAACAACAGCAACAAACAAAUACCCCUGAUAAAGAAGUGUAAACCAAGAAAGCAUUUAAGUACCUACAUUUCAUGUUGAUAGUUGUCUAGUAACGCGAAAUGAAACAGUUAUUUAGGCUUGGUUUGGCCUUUCGGGAAUGCGCGACAGUUUCAAAGUUUUUCCAAUUUGAAUACCAACAAAAACUAAUAAUUUUUCGGCCGUUCAACUCUGCCAAUAUUCUAAUGAAAGCAAAGAAAGGUCAAACCAGGUUGGGUCGUUUAGUCGUAUGUGCUUGCUAUACACACAUACACGUACACACAUACAGCCAAACUUACAGCGGUUCAAUGUGGAAUGUCAGCAGCGGUGAACGCUUAGUUAUAAUAGGAUAGGAUUGCGCGAAAUGUUUCUCAAUGCGGGACCCACAAAUGGAAGCGGGAAGGGAAAACGGCGUGUUUUGGAUUAGGAAUACUCUUUUUGUUCAGGUGUGCCUAAAGGUCAAGCAAGGUAAAAACCGCUAGACAACAGCAUUUGUUUUUUCUCUCCUAGUAUAUAAUUUUCAGAUUUACCGCGUUUAAUCAGGUAACAGAAACAUGAAAACAAACGAGCACACAAAUUGGUCGUGUCAAUAAGCUAUAGAGGACAGAAGAAAGUGAAAAACAACCACAAUAGACUCUGAAUGUACAAAUUUUAUGCUAUUUUAAAGAACCUUAGAAAUGGAAACAUGAUUCUCAUCAAAAUUAAGGGAAUACAAACAUACUGACAAGAAACUGAAUACUAAAUAAGGGAAACUAUGAACAACUGUGAUCUAUUGGGAAAGAACACGAUUAUUUAUAUUUGCAAUCAAGCGACAAAUACCAACACAAAAGAAAAAGAGUAAACCAUUGCUAUUGGUUUUUUAAAAUUAUUUUACUAAGAAGCAACAAAUAUGAUGCAGUCAAGAACAGCUAAACACAACAUAUACAAUCUGUGAACACGUAACAUUUAAGGGAGAUGCAAGGAAAACAAAACACAUGUAAAUACUAUAAAUAUCGAAAAAUGUUAUAUAUGUAUAGAGAUGUAAAAAAACGAGAACUCACAAAUACAAUCUCGCCGCCGCGGAAGGGCUCGCUCUUGAACUGUGCAAAGUGAUUUUCCAUAUGAGUAUGUGUAACUGUGUGUGUGCGUGUGCUUGUGCGUACAUAUACCUAGCAGGCGUGUGAGUAGUGCUGAGCUGUCCUGUACGUUUGUCCACGUUUUCGCUGGACCGAGGGACCCGCUCGCAGCAUAUAAAACAUUUAUGAACUGUUUUUUUCUGUCGUUUACUAGUUUUUAAUGGCCAGCACUUUUUUGCACAGUUCAAAGUACGUUCACCCUUCGCGGCAGUGGUGCGUGCAAGAGCAGAUGACAGCGAAAUGAUAAAAGAAACAAUAAUGGAAAAUGCAGUAUUUUUUUGUAAUAAAACAAAAACAACGUGAAAAUUAUCAAAAAAAAAAGAACUGAAAAAUUGUACAAAAAAGAGAAACAUUUUAUAAGAAAAAACCGCACGAGGAAAAAGGAAUAAAGUUAUCGAAAAAGUUGUUGAAGCAUUUAUAUACGUAAUGUAAAUUUAUAACAACUGAAUAGUUUUUAUUAUUUAAAACUACUUGAUCAAAUGAAGUGCGACAUAGGCACAAUUUCUAUUGUAAAAAUAUAUGCAAUACAAUGGUAAACUGCACCAGAACCCCAAAACGAAGUAAGCGAGGAAAAAAAAACUGUGUAUAUGUAUAAUGUAAAUUUUGUGCGGAUUAGGGGCUCUUGUAGAUUGUUUCAUUAUUAUUUCUUAUUUAUUCUCUUGAUUUUGAAUGAAACCAAAUUGCUAUAUAUGGAAACUAUAAUUGUAAUGCAAACGACUCUUGUUCGAGGCAAAAUAGACAGAGCGCGUAAACAUGGAAGAAAAUGCAGCGAGAUGAAGAAGCCAUAUUGGCGGUGGUUUUCUCGUUCAUGUUGGUGCACAUCCAAAAUCCGUACUCGAUGCGCUUUUACCCCAUCAUCUCGCAUAUACAACACAGCCGCUGCUGAAAGUGUUUGUUUCGUGCAAUCAAGCCGCGCGAAAAAAAGGCCAUCGCAUUAGCAUGGAAGAGAAAACACCUACGAUAGAGUUAACAAUGGUAACUGUAUAUCUACAUUGAAUUGAAACGAACUAUCAUUCAUCAUCCGAUCGUAGUAGCACACCCUAGUAACAAACAAAUGAACAUAUAAAUUUUACAGAUAGAGUAAAAUGAAUAACACAUGCUGACAAGUAUUUAGUACCCGAUACUCUAUUGUUUAGAUGUGAUCUAUACUGUCCUGAAGGUAAACGAAGCUAAAAACAUUAAUUCAAAAAUAAAAAAAUUCUGCAAAUGGUAAUACACUUUUUAAGCGAGAUCAGUAGAUGCAAACUCCUAAAUAAAUUAACAGUACAGUAAUUUCCAUAACACAUUGGCAUGAUGCAGCCAUCAUUUUUUUCGUAAUCAGAUCAGAUCGCAAAAAAUAAAUGCUACAACUUGUGACUUGCAUGUUUCCAAAUCUGCAAAACGUGUGUUAAACAUUGAAAUCUUGUAUGCUGACAACAAUUGAAUAUUAUUCAACACAAAAUUGAAAAACCAAUUAUAAUCAGUUUGCUGAACACAGUUUACCCAUAGAAAUUGUAAAUAAAACCACAGAAACAUUGCAAAAACAAAAAUACAAUAUCCCAAUUUCAGUACAAUGCAUACAAAUUCGCACAGAAAGCAUUUUUCUUUUCGUAGUUUUAUCAUUGCUAAAUCUUGUCUACAACUGACGUUCGAAGUCAAAUCCAAUGAUUGUGGGUAUUAUUUCGGUCCUUCAAACUUCAGUUUACCAUUUUCUGCACUGAUUGGAAAAAAAAUUCAAAAAAAAACAAACAAACGAUACUGAACGCUUGUACUUUUUGAAUCUUUUCGAGUUGCAAUCGAGAAAGCUGCUAAAAAGUGAACAAGCGUAAUCCCCAUCCCCAUCCAUUUCAUCCUCACCUUAGAUGGUGUUAAUAUUGAACUACAAUCGUUCCGUAUCAACACUCACAUUUGCGUACUGUCGAAAAAAAGAAAACUGUUUUAAAAUAGUACCCAGAAUCCAGCAAAAUAACCUAUCAAUCAAACAAGAAAAAGUAAGAGAUAAGCGAGAAGAGAAUUACUUCGCGGAGGAGAAACUGUACUGUAGGCAUUAAUAUUGAAGAUAAAUUCUCUCCCAACAAUGAAAUCGUUAGUCUUUACGGCAAAACUGAACCAUAUGUAACACACUUGUUCUGUAGGUGUAUUUGGAACCUUUUCGAAUAACAUAGUAACAGUCGCCUGGACUGGUGUGUCCAGGAAGUAACAAAUUACAUCCACAUAGUACAACACAAACACCCGCAGACACUGUCAUACGAUUAAACCGCCAGGAUGUUGUUUAUUCGUUAUGAUCGUUUUUCUAGAUAUGACAACACACAUACAAGAUGCAGCAACGAGCUGAGAAGCGCAUAUUUCUGUUCACUUUUUUUCCUGUUUUCUUAGAUUUGUGUUACAGUAAAAAAAAAGUUCAUUUCUGAAGAGAACCACAUGUUCUUUUCUGCUACAAUCAUGCGAAAAGAUAAACUAAAUUAUAAGAUUUACAACAAGUGAAAAUAGAAUUUUAAUUUUCUUCUUUUUUAUUAGGCUUAGUUUUUAAUGGUAACCAACAAUAAAUGAGAAAAAAAAACAACUGCAUACUGAAUAUACUAUACAUAAUAAAUAUAUGAAUAUAUAAAUGAUAUAAAAUUACAAUUACUUGUACAGAGAUUAUUGAUAAAAAAAGAUGAAAAACAUUUGAAAAUAAUUAAAAGUAUAUAUAUUGAUAGUAAUAAAACAGCAAACAUUUGAUGAAAAAAUUAAA